GGUAGUUCAGUUUUUGUUGGACGUUCAGUUCAGACCCGGACCCGGACCCAGACACCCCCUAAUACCUACCCAGAUAAGACUAAAACCCCAAGCUAAUUGCUUUGUCCGCGAUGGCCGAGGGCUUCAAGAAGUAUUUCAAUAGCACCACAAUGAACGGGCGUGCGAAUGUCGCGAAGGCUACGUAUGCAACGUUGGCGCUCGUCUAUUUGUUUUAUCGGGUGCGUCGCGGCAAGGAUCAGCCGCCAGCUGCCAAGGAGCCGACACUAGAGCCGAGCUGCAGCUGUGACGAGAAGCUGCCGCACUCAGAGAUCAUUGUUGAGCCGCCGGAUCGAGAUUGCGCCGUGUGCCGGGAGCGACGACCCAGAGAUGAUGGCUGCAAUGGACACAGUGAUCCGCCGCCGCCACCGCCGCCGGCGAGCAGUGCGCCGGCUCGCCGCAAGUGCCCCUGCGAGGAUCCGCACCGGCAUCUGGACUCGGGCAAGCCGCAGCACACACAGCAUCCGCCGACACAGCAGCAGCAGCGCCAGAGCAUGAAUGCAUCGCAAUUGGAUGAGGCGCAUCCGGCGCGUGAGCUAAUCUCCCAAAUGCAGGAGGCCGCCUCCCGAGUACUGCGCAACGUAAUUGGCGCCGUCAUGGGCGACACACCAUCCGCGGCCAGCGGCGAUUGCGAGGAGAACUGCAGCUGUUGUACGUCCAGCGCCGGCGCACCGGGCACGGCAACCGAUGUACUCGACUCCGGCGAUCAGGUGGAGGACGAGGCCUGCGACUACGAGUCGGACAGCCAGAUGCUGAAUCGCCAGCGGCGUACUGCGCCCCGCGCCUGCGUGCCCAGCAACACCAGCAGCGACACAGAUGACCCUUCCGAAACGGAACAGCCCGAGUCCGAGUCCGAGGCGCAGUCCCAGGCCACGGGGCAGACGCAACCGCCAUCGGCGCCACAGUCGCAGCCGCAGUUGCAGUCAACCACACAGUCGCAGUCGCAGCCGCAGCCGCCGACACGAUAUCGCUGCUUCGACGACGACUUUGCCUCCGAGAUGUUCUUUGAGGACUAUGAAGAGUGACAGAUUGAAGGAUUAACUAAGUCAACGCUUGGUUAGCGGGGUCAGGGGUUCGCGGCUUAUCCAACUAAAUUCUCAGUGAGCACGAUCUUUAGUACAUUUGGACUAGGCCUGCACAUCUACACCAAAUACAUAGUAUUCAUAGAUGAAGAAUAAACUCACCUUUCCGAAUCAUUUA